AUGAUAGGGCGUGUUGGUCUCGUCCAGGUGCCACCUUCCUGCGGCAUCACGCCGCAGAGUGCACGGCCUGAUGCCCAGGAUGAGGAACUUUUGGAGGACCUCUUGUUACUUUCAAAGAGCAAGUCAGCGGAGGACGCCGAGGAGGAUCAUGGCUGGUGGAGCACUGUCCUGCUUGCAGCGCUACGCUUUUGCCCAGCACCGGCAGCACUUGCCAGCGCUACCACGGUGCGCUUGCCGCGUGGCCUGGCGCCGCUGCAAGCACAGGAGGCCGUGGACCUGUCCCGCCUCGCCAGGCUGUUGCAACGCGCUUGUCUUCGUGGGGAUCCUGGCCAAAAGGACGCGCCCCGAAUCCGCCUGGGCGGCACCUUUGGGUUUGGGUGGCUGUCAGUGCCGGAGCUGCUGGGCGUGCUUGGCAGCCCGGAGGCUGCAAAGGCAGCCAGAAAGGAGGUCCAGGCAGUGGCCAUGGAGUCCGCAAGGACUGGAGUUUUCGAGCAGAAGACGGCGCAAAUACACCACUUCGCCAUGCUGAAGUGGGCCGGGGCGGACUGGUCCGAGCAGAGUGACGCUGGCCGCACCCCACUGCACGCGCUCUGCGCGGGCGCCUGUACCCGAACCUGUGUCGGGGGAGGGGGCCGGGCGGCGCCUCUGCGGGGCGGAGCCUGGGGCGCUAAAGCGCGAUACUUGGCGCGGGACGCAGGCGAGUGGCACGCCAGUGUGGACGAGCAUGGCCUGUCGCCCUUGAACUAUGUCCUGCCGCCGAUCAAGCCGACGUGCAAUUGCGUGGGAACGGUAGACUGGGAGCUGAUUCAAAGUCUGAUGAGCUUUCUGUGGCUGCAGUUCGACCCUCACCGCAUCCAGCACCAGGCGAUGCAGGCCCUGUCGGCGCCCAUCAACGCCUUCUCCUGCAUCAUUGCCGUCAUGAACACGCAGCUGAGCUGGAUUGAUAUGCCCAACGACGGCGGGAGCCUUGAGGUGGAUCCAACGGUACAGUCAGAGGAAUGCAUGGAGCAGGACUACAUCUCAACAAUGCUUGAUGGUGGCGAAGGGCGCGCGAGCACACCUUCCUCGGUGGAUGCGUUCAGCUGCGCCCUGGUGGAGUGUCGGAUGAACUUUGCGGAGGCCCGUGUCCGGUGUCGCCGCUACUUGGAGCCGAUGGUGCGCUUGCAGCUACUGCGGGCAGCUGCCAAGCAGCGGCAGUGGCAAGGUGCCUCUGGCAAAAAGCGCUGCGAGCAGCUCCUGGUGGAGGGUAGGGAGAGAUGGAAGCUCCGAAAGGAGGACUUGGAGCGCCGCAUCUGGCGCCUGGAAAUGGAACUGGUCCAGACCAUUGCGCUUCCUCCGCCAGUGACAUCUAGCCCCAGCAAGGUGGAGGCUCCGCAGGAGGUCCAAGUGACAGAGGCGGAGUGGCAGCCUCCCGCGCGGGCAGCAGCGGAGGCGCUGGUCCAGCGCCUGCGGCGGCAGCGCCUGGUGGAGGUGGAGCCAGGAGCUUGUCCAAAGUCCGUCGAGCAGACGAAGGUGGCUCUCAGCGCGGCUGUCGACCGCCUCGCCCGCGACCUCUACGAGCUGGAGGGCCAUUUCGUGUUCGAGUUGGUGCAAAAUGCCGACGACAACACCUAUGACCACGGGGUCAAAGGAGAGCUUCAGAUGUCUCUGUGUGAGGAGGGCGGGCGUCAGUUCUUCUUGUCGAGGAACAACGAGCGGGGCCUGCGGGACAGCGACGUGGUGGCGAUGUGCGACAUCAACGCCAGUCUGAAGAAGUCCGGAUGCAUUGGCAAGAAGGGCAUCGGUUGGAAGAGUACCUUUGCCGUAUCCAACACUCCACACGUGCUAUCAGGAGCCUACACCUUCAAGUUCGACAUUGCGGGCCCGUUGGAAACGCUCGGCUAUGUGACGCCGACCUGGCUGACAGACAAGGAUUUGACAGAGCUCCCUGCGCAGGUACGAGAGGCCCAUGCACACGGCGGCACCGUGAUUUAUUUGCCUCUCCAUGCGGGUUUUUCGGGCACCGUGGAUGCCUUUGACCAGCUUUGCGAGCAUCGGGUGACUUUGCUGUUCUUGAAGCAGCUACAUCGCAUUCAUUUCCACUACCCAGAUGGCAAGAAGGUGUUGAUCCAGAGAGAGGCUGAGACUCAGGAGGGCCACUGCGUUUCUGUGAAGUCCGCUGAUUCCAGGAGUCUGGAGGAGCAUCGUCACUUUGCCAUCCAUCAUUUUAGCCUCCCAAAGGAGGAGGAAUCGGCAGAGCAGAUUUCAAUUAGAUUGGCCUUCCCCCUGGAGACAGAGGCGUUUUCUGCCAUGGCUGUGCACGUUGGCCUGCCGGUGCGGCCUGUUGGCUUUGGUUUCGCCAUCGAUGCUCCCUUUGAUCUAGUGGCAAGCCGUGCGGAUUUACAUGAAGGCAGUGCUUUGAACCAGCUCAUUUGCAAGAACAUCCCCAAGGCCUUUCAGGAGUUCAUGGCUGGGCACUGGCUCAGCCACAAGGCUAUGAUGCUUCUGGGCACCGAAGUGGUGCCCAGACCCAUUUGGCAGCACGUCCGUAGGGAGUUGGUGGAGGCCCUGACCCAGGUGCCCUGCGUGGAGACGGAGAGUGGCACCCUGGAGCCCCCGAAGCGGUGCCUGGCGCGGCCCAAGGCGCCGCUGGCGCGCCAGGCCUCGAAGCUGAUCCCCUUAGAGCUGCUGCUGGCGAGCUGCGACCGCCACUUCGCGGACGCAAAGGGCCUCGAGGUGCUGGAUCUGAGCCACUGGGUGAAGGUCCUGCAGUACCGCGGCGGUGCCUGGCGUGAGGGCCUGGUAGCACAGGCCACCCAGUGGGAGAACCCCUGCGACUUCUUCGUGCCGCUCUGCAGCUGGCUGGAGCUGGAGCUCAAGGAGUCGGAGCAGCCCAGCGAGCUGCUGCAGCAGCUUUGGGAGGUGGACCUUUUGCCGGGCUUCCGAGUGCCCACGCUGCGCCUCAGUGGCGGGCCCAUCUUUACGAGGCCUUGUCUCAAGGUCCGUGCUGACUGGCAGGGCAUCCUCUCGGAAGCUGGGCUCCUGCGGGUCCUCAGCCCCAAGCUGCGGCUGGUGCUGCAGACUACCACGCCUUUCCUCUUGGACUCGCUGACUUGUAACAUGAGCCGUGCAGAGCUGGCUGCGUGCUGCGUGCAGUGGCACCUCACGCGCUUCGAAGGGCUCCACCUUUUCGCCAAGGAGCUUCCGCUGAAGGCAGUCCUCGCCAGCCUCGCGUGCUUGAAGGAGACAUUCCUGGCAGAGGAGAUGCCGGACGGGUUAGAGGCAGAUACCCACGAGGCGCGGAUGCAGAAGUGGCGGGCCUUGGGUCAAAAGCUUUGGGUGCCCUCCUGGAACAAGAUCUUCACGCUGAAGCGCCCGAGGAAGCUUCGUAACAUUUUUUGCCUCGGGGUAGCCGUGGUGGACAAUAAUCAGGAGUGUGCUGACGGACUGGUGCUGGCGGAAGUGUCGAAGAAGACCUGGGGCCAGGACUUCCUUGGCUGGGAGGCCUUCUUCGACGCCAUCGGCGUGGCACCUUUGGACCCGGGACAGGCGCGUGGGGCAGCGCUGCAGCACCGGCACAUCAUCUUCGACCGCCUGGGCAAGAACCUCUGCAGCCACGAGUGGUGGCACUCCGUGGUGAAGCUCGGGGCCCCGGUGCUGUCCUACGUGGCCCGGCGCUGCGAGGGCACCUGGCUCCGAGCUUUGCCUGUGAAGGUGGAUGCAUGUGGCAUGGUUGCACGUUUGAGUGUCGGAGCCAAAGAACGCAGCCUGCAGAAGGUGUGCCUCGGGGAUUUCUUCCUGCAUGAGGAGUUUUCCCGCUUCGGCGGGCCGUACUUGCGCUAUGUCCGCAUGCCUGAGAUUGACUCCACAUCGGCCCCGGUGGUCCGCGACUGCCUGGGGGGCUGUGGCGUGCAGGUGCGGCUGACUGUGCCUGCGCUGGUCCGGUGCCUGCAGCUGCUCCGCUACGAGAACUGCUGCAGCCACCUGGAGGUCUUCGCGGACGUCUACAAGGAGAUCACCUCCUUGAGCAACAGCGAAGAGGACCGAGAGGCGCUAGAGGAGGUCCGCGAAGAGCUGACGGAGCUGGUCUUUGUGCCGGGGGGCUUCCGGAAGCUAGCAGAAUGCACCUGGGAUGAGGACAAGGAUUUCCAGUGGCUUACGCAGGUGCCAGCACUGCAGGUGCACUACCAGCGCUACGGGCCCAUGCUGCGGCGCUACUUCCUGGACCUGCUGCAGCUGCCGGAGAAGCACCCGGGCUUCCGCCCGCCAGACUUGCUGCUGGCGCUCAAGGCGCUCACGGAGCAGGUUGAGAAGGCGCUGGCGGAUAAGUCCGCCAGUCUGCUGGAUUCUCUUCACGACCUGGCAUCCCGGAUCUAUGGGGGCCUGGCGCAAGCUUGCCGCAUGAACUCUGUGACUUGGCACGCAGAGGUGAGGCGGGGCUUCACGGCGGAGCGGCUGCUGCUGAUCCCAGAUACUUCCCAGGUGGGCCCACGGCAGAGGCCGAAGCGGCUCUUCACCAAGGAGGCAUGGUGGGACCUGGAGCCCGAGCUGCAGACGACCAAGGCCCACGGCCUGAGUUUGCGCCCGCUCUACGAGUCUGUGCCGGACGCGGAGUUCUUUUUCCUCCGCGUGGUGGGCCUUCGGAAAGUCUGCUCGCGCGCAGAUGUGGCGAUUCGUCUCAAAGCAAGCAUGGGAUCGGAGAAGGCCUUCAGCAACUGGUCGGAGGGAAUUGACGUCAACGACUUGGAGGAGUUGGAGGACAUACAAACCAGCAGCUUCUUCCGGCCGCCUGGCUGGCGGGCAGUUGGGGAGGAGGAGGAGCAGGCAGCACAGGCGCCGGCCCCGCCCCCCGCCUUCCAGCCGCCCCCCGCCACCUCGGCGCGGGUGCCGGCGUGGCGCUCGGCGGCCUCGGCCCAAGACGCCCAAAACCGAGCGGAGCGAGCGCUGGAGGAGGAGCGCCAGCGAAAGGCGCAAGGCCAGCGGCAGGCCCAGCCCGCACCGGCGCACCCGACGCCCGCUGUGGCAGGGCCUGCAGCACGGCCUGCGGUAGGGCCUGCGGCACGCAGUGCUAGGCACCGCUUUGCAUGGCGGGAGCCGCGGAGGCAAGCGGAGUCCGAGACGCAGACCCGCCCGUCUCUGCCCAACGCGGACCCGCGGCCCGCAGCCCCUCGCCCAGCGGACCCACGGCCAGCGGACCCGCGACCAGAGGAGCGGUCGGACCCACGGCCAGAGCCACGUGAGGCACCAGCCGAGCCACGGCGGAGGCGUGCCACAUGGUCGCAGCUGCGCGCCCAGCAGGAGGAGCAGAAGCAGGCGAAGACAGAGGAGAGGCCUGCAGCUGAGCCAGAGCCAGCCGCAGCAACGUCAAGCCAGAAGCCGCGUAGCACCUGCAUAUCUGCGUGGUCCCCCCGAUCGCCAGCUGCCAAGCUGGAGGUCAACGGCAGCGAGACGACCACUGGACCCUCGUCGGAGGGCCAGGCUGACGCGGCUGACGCGGCUGACGGCUCGGUCCGAGGCUCGGAAACGACCGAUGCGCCCCCGGAAAGCGCGGAGCUCGUGCGGCGGCUGGCGGAGCUGCGAUGCAGGGCGCAGCAAAGGCGCAGCGAGGUGGAGGAUCUGCGGCAAGAGUGCCGCACCGUGGAGGACACUACGCAGAGAUACUUGCGCAUUCUGAAGGAGUUCUACGACAACAUGUGA